CCCCCCCCCCCCCACCCCCCGGCUCCUCCUGCGCUCGCCCCGGCACCGAUUGUUGACAAAAGACGGUGCGAGACGGAGCGAAGGAACCCAGAGCCCCGGUACCGAUGAGCAGAACUCCACGUUAACUUGACUCCUCUUCCUGGAGGAGGACGGGAUCCAGACGGCGGCGGCUGAGGGAGGACGAGGACUCUCCCGCUCCGAGAAAACCGUGUGGCCGAGGUGAUUCGGUGGUGGUCGGACCGCAGCAGGCCGGUGUGAAGUGGACCCACUCCUCCUCUUCCUCACCUCUCUCCUUCCUGAAAACCGCCCGUAUUUACCGACUAAAGCAGGGGCCAAGAUGGGUCAGUGGCUGUGAGAACCAGCGCCAGACCAGCGUCGCUGGAGGAGGCGGCGGCCUUGGCCAAGUCUAUUCAGCCGGGAAUGGUGUGAGCUGAGACGACCAGGCAGUCUGGAUCUGACCGGGGAUCCAUCCUUCCCCCGGAGCCUCCGCGGCUCCAAGCCGCGUCCUGAGCCCUCCAAAAUGGGGAAGUGCGACGGAAGAUGCACGCUGCUGGUGAUAUGUUCACUGCAGUUGGUGGCAGCCCUCCAGAGGCAGGUGUUUGAUUUUCUGGGCUACCAGUGGGCCCCUAUUCUGGCCAACUUCCUGCACAUCAUGGCCGUCAUCCUGGGCAUGUUCGGCACCGUGCAGUUUCGCUUCAGAUACCUCAUCUUUUAUGCAGUUUGGCUGGUUCUCUGGGUGGGUUGGAACUCCUUCAUCAUCUGUUUCUACCUGGAGGUUGGAAACCUGUCUCAAGACAGAGACUUUCUCAUGACUUUCAACACAUCCCUUCAUCGUUCGUGGUGGAUGGAGCACGGUCCCGGUUGCCUGGUAACGCCAGUGCUGGACUCCCACAUGGCCCCUGACGACCACCAUGUCAUCACCGUAUCUGGGUGUCUCCUUGACUACCAGUACAUUGAGGUGUUGAGUUCAGCCAUUCAGGUCCUUUUGGCUCUCUUUGGCUUCGUAUACGCCUGCUACGUAAGCAAAGUCUUCCAGGACGACGAGGACAGCUUUGACUUCAUUGGUGGGUUCGACUCUUAUGGCUACCAGCCUCCUCAGAAGUCCUCUCAUCUGCAACUGCAGCCUCUUUACACGGCUGGUUAAACCGUUGCUAGCGCCCCCUUCAGGCCAAACCCUGAUGGUGUCACUGUGGAUGGAAAGUGGCGGUCGCCCUUGAUUACACUCACUCUCUUUGUCACAGUUUACCUGAGGAAUGGACUUAAAACCCCACCCAGAGGGACAGGUGUAUGUGCGUGUGUGCAUGUGUGAUUGUGUCUGACAAAUACAGCCCUGAAUAAGAAUGUACAGAGCUCAGGGAAGAAACCAGCAUGCCAGAUGGUGCGGUGAGAUGAAGGAGACCCGGCGGAGGGCAGAGGAGAUGCAGAGAACAAGAGCUGGGACACGUCUGUCAAAUCACCGAAGACACAGUUCACUAAACUGCCAGCUCUUAACACUCCCAUUCGCGCGCGUGUGUGUGUGUGUGUGUGUGUGUGUGUGUGUGUGUGUGUGUGUGUGUGUGUGUGUGUGUGUGUGUGUGUGUGUGUUUGUGUGUGUGUGUGUGUUUGUGUGUGUGUGUACUUGUGUAACUCCACAGGACUAGCUGGUGCUUUGUGGUUGCACCCUGGACUCUUACCACUUGGUGCCCCUGUGGAUAUUUUUCUUUUUUUUUGGGUGGGUGCUCCUGUGUGUGUGUGUGUGUGUGUGUGUGUGUGUGUGUGUGUGUGUGUGUGUGUGUGUGUGUGUGUGUGUGUGUGUGUGUGUGUGUGUGUGGGGAUGUGGGGAUGUGGGUGGGGUCACAUAAUAAAAAGAGGCACAGCUCGUACCUGUUGUCGUUUUAGAAUGUGGUGAUGUCGAACUAGAGCAGUCUUAUGAUUCCCGUUCCCAAAGCCAUCUCUCCUUCCUGCCGUGCUAUUAAAACCCACUGUUGACAUUUAGGCUUUUCACCUCACAGCCCGGGCCUGUGGAGGUAAUAAACCGGUGGCUGGUGGAGUGGAAAGGGCAAGGACAAGGCUGGUGAUAUAUAUGUUUAUUACUGUCAAAAAAUCCCAUGAAAAGACCAAAACAGUCAAUGUGUUGUCCUGUCUGUGGCACUUGAGCCCAUUUGUUCUUUUUUAUUUUUUAAAAAAGAACAAAUUAUUUCCUACAGCAGCUGGACACUGUGGUUUUUUAGCAAAGGUCACCCAGACAGAUGUAGUGAUUGUAAAUUUACUGGGACUAUUUUCAGCUACGGAUAUGCUGAAGUUUUGAGAAGCGGGCCGGUCGGUGUGUGCGAUUGAUUCAGAAUAAACUACAAUGUCCAAGUUUCCUGUAACAAAGGAGUGUCAUCCAGUGCAACGGUUCGGCUGAUGGAUGGGUUUUUAAUAGCUUUGGACAAAAAUAGAGCGGUAUUGCAUAGAGGGAAAAGCUAUAUCAGGCUUUGGCUCUGGAGAUGGUAUCAAUUCCUGAUUGGUUUUGGUUUUUACAUAAGAUUUGAUCACAGUUAAAUAAAAAGAACAACAGAAUAUCACCAGCCUUAUCCCUCAGAAAAUCAAGUCAAAUAUCCAGGUUAUUUUGUUUUCAGGUAAAUAAAUUCAGCCUGUUGUACAUGUGCCACUUUUGAUUAGGGAUGCAGAUGGCUUUGGGAUCAGGCAUUAGUGUGUCUAUGGGGGUGGGUGGGAGCAGUGGGGAUACUGUGCAUGUAAAUAACCAGCCAAUGAUUGUUUUGUUGGUUCCAUUUAGAAUAAAAGGGGGUUGCAUUAGUGGGCGGGUGGGAGUCGGGGGAGUGGGUUGCACAGCAAAGUUUUACUUUGUACCUGUUUCUCUUGUUCUCUCUUUUUGCGUAUCCUCACGCUACUUUGUUUUAACCCAUCUGCAGCUAAUAUUCUCCAUUAUCAUCUCACUAACGACAUAGGCCCUGAAGCUCAUUCGCUGCUCAGAGCAUAGAGAUAAAGGAGGAUAAAGUGCGUACAUAGUGAAACGCCCUGAGUGGUUUUUGUAGAUGUAACUGGAGACGUGAAGAGGGAAGGAGGGAGACAGGUAUGAUGAAGACCUUAUUGGGUGUAAGAUGAAGUUUGAAAUAAUAAAAAUACACUUUCUACAUUAAA